AUGGGCGCCGCCAAUACUCCAGCACCUGCUGAUGACAAUGCUCGGCCCGUGAGACCUUCUCUCGUCUCUGCACGAUCGCGCAUCUCCUACAGGAAAAAUACCGGAGAAGUGGUGACCCUGGAUCUCACCAACUCCAAGGCAGCGGAGAGCCUGCGCGCGCUCUCCAAAACCAACGUCACGACCGAUGUGGAUAGAAAGUUCAUCGCCGAUGUGGAAAACGCGGAAGCUGGCGGUUUCGUCUCGACAGUCUACGACGCAUUGUCUUUCUGGGUCAUGGAAGCCGUGGAGAUUGCCAUGUUCGGGCCUUAUGAAGAGGUUCAGUCCGCGUGA